GGGACUCCCUCUUGGUCACAUCUCACAGCCAUUCUGCCGCUACUGUUGUCUGUUCCAAUCCUCCCCCUACUCCUUUGUUUACUGUAACGAGAUCAAAGUGUAUAUCAUUUAUACAUACAUACAUACAUACAUACAUACAUACAUACAUACAUACAUUCAUACAUACGCUAUAAUUACCCUGGGUUUGUGAUCAGGUACUACGUGCACAAAAACAGUAUUUAUUUGUAUGCCGCGUCCCCCGAUGUUGGCAAGGCUAUAUGUCCGCCGCUGUGAAUCUUAAAUCAAAAUAAUAUCACCAAACGAAAGUCUAAGAAGGCAUAGCUCUUCGAUGAACAGACAGACAGACGCGCGCCGGCUACCCAAGAGUAAAGCUGCUUCUCCCUCGCUCCAGCCCUCGUAUAAAAGAAACUAGGCUUACUACCAUACCAACACGGUGAGGUGGGGUCGCGUGCCACCGUUCUGUCGACUAUGGGUCACGGCGAAAGUCAUGGUGACACUGGUGCGGGAGGAGGAGGAGGAGGAGGAGGAGGAGGAGGAGGGUGCGAGAUGUGUGUAAUGAGACCGGCACUCAACGUCACUCAGCGCGCCAACAGCUACGACUACCGCCCACCACACAGACCUCGUUUCCUGGAAAGUGUCCAGACUAAAGUUGCAGAGUCAUGUGCAUGUUCGGGGAGUUGCAUACUGUCCACCAUCACGAAUCGGUUGCCCAUCCUAACCUGGCUGCCAGCUUACAGCAUACGAUCCUCACUCUUUGGUGACACAGUGGCUGGCUGCACGGUAGCCAUUAUGCACAUACCCCAAGGGAUGGCAUAUGCAUUGUUGGGUGGACUGCCUCCCAUCACAGGCAUAUACAUGGCCUUCUUCCCUGUCCUUAUGUACAUAAUCUUUGGUACCUCACAUCACUGUUCCGUGGGGACCUUUGCUGUUGUUUGUCUGAUGACGGGAAAAGUUGUAGGAGACUUCGCUACAGACCCAACCGAAGAUCCAGAUGCAUUGCUUGCUGGGAACUCAACUGAGGAACCAACUUACACCCCUAACCAAGUGGCAGCAAUUGUGGCGCUGAUGAAUGGAAUAAUAGGGCUGGUGCUUGGUGCGCUGCAGCUGGGAACCCUCUGUGUGUUUCUCUCGGAUAUGUUGGUGUCGGGAUUCACCACAGGAGCAGCAGUUCAUGUUCUGACUUCACAAAUAAAAUAUCUCUUCGGUUUAAAAGUACCAAGAUACAGUGGCCCAUUUAAAAUCAUAUAUACAUAUAGGGAUCUCAUCAGCCAGUUGCUUGCUGCUAAUCCGGCUGCCAUGGUGAUUUCUGGAGUAACAAUAGCAGUUCUGGCUUUAAAUAAUGAGGUCAUAAAGCCGUGGUUCCGUACAAAAACUAAGAUCCCCAUCCCAAUUGAACUCAUAGCAGUCAUCAUUGGUACAUUAGCUUCCUACUUCGGCCACCUUCAUGAAAAUUACGACAUCAGAAUUGUUGGUGAAAUUCCCACUGGGCUACCCAUACCUACAGCACCGCCCUUUGAGCUCAUCCCUGACGUGGCUGUUGACUCUAUUGUAAUCACCAUUGUGGCUUACACGGUGUCCUUCUCCAUGGCCAAGAUUUUUGCCAAGCGACACAGUUAUCAAGUCGACGCAACUCAAGAACUUUAUGCACUGGGCAUAAGUAAUGUAUUCGGAUCGUUCUUCGGCUGCGCCCCUAUAGCCGUCUCACUCUCCCGUUCACUCAUCCAGGAGGCUGUGGGCGGAGUAACGCAGAUCACGUCUUUAAUAUGCUGCUGCCUUCUUCUGAUAGUCUUAUUGUUUAUUGGGCCUGUGUUUGAGACCCUCCCUAACUGUGUUCUCUCCGCCAUUAUUGUAGUAGCAUUAAAGGGGAUGUUCUUGCAAGUUCAUGACCUGAAACGAGUGUGGGUUGUGUCUCGUACUGAGGGAAUGAUAUGGCUCUCGGCUUUCCUGGGCGUAGUAAUCAUCGACAUUGACUAUGGUCUGGUGAUUGGCAUUAUAGUAUCCCUAGUGGUACUCCUGAGCCGCACGCAACAACCCAAAACUGCACGCCUUGGUCACGUGCCAAACACCGACCUGUAUUUGGACGUCAAGAAGUAUUCUGCGGUAGUAGAAAUACCAACAGUGAGCAUCUUCCAGUUUGGUGGGCCUUUGCACUUUGCAAACACUGAAUACUUCCAACUACAGUUGGUGUCUAUGACAGGUCUAGAUGCAUCCAGUAUUGCCACAACUAAAUCACUAAUCCAGAAACAAUUGUCUGAAACAGAUAUUGCCAGCCAGUCAACUAAGGAAGUCAAUGGCAGUGCCUCCACUGACAACAACAAUCAGGCCACCACUAAGGGGGCCGCCAGUAAGGGGAUCACCUUCAUCAAAAACAAGUUCAGCGGCACCAAGAAACCAAAGGAAGUGACCCUGGCUGUUCCUGAGGUUCAGUGGUUGGUGAUUGAGAUGAGUGGUGUCAGCUAUGUGGACACAAGUGGUGGAAAUCUUUUGGUUCAGCUGUAUAAAGACUACAAGAAAGCAGGAAUUGUAAUAUGUCUGGCAGCGACCUCAGAAAGUGUACUUGAAUCCCUGGAAAUCUGUGGGACUCUUAAAGUUAUUCCCCGCGAACGCAUUUUUCAUUCAACCCACGAUGCCAUUAUGGUGCUGACCCAUCCUGAGCCGACCACUGUUGCUGAUAAUUCUUGCACUAAAUUAUAAUGCCUGCAUAAAGCUAAUGAUAAUUACAGUAUCAGUUGUGUGCGUAUAUUAUAGAAUCUGUAGAGUGAACUGUUAAAGAAAUUAUUUUCAUGCCAGAUCCUUUUUAAUUGAGUCUUGUGAGGAUUCUUGAAUUUAUUAAAUUUGUAUUUUCAGAGGUGACUUUGGUUUAUCAUCUUGCAUACGUAUAGUGUAUAGUAAUACCUGUACAGUGAGGUGCAGCAGUGUUAAGGUAUACAUGCUUUAUAGUACACUUAUGCUGCUUAGCCAAUGAACAGAAAAUUAUAUAAUGUACUGUACUGUACUGUACUGUACAGUGCCAUAUAGGUAAGCAAUAAUUAUGAAACACAAAGUAAGUUCAAUUUCAAAACAUAGAAAAAUGUGUUAAAAUAAGUGUACUUAUUGUUGGGAGAGUGUUGAGGGCAGACAAAACCACUACACUUAAUGUAUGUACAGUAAUUCAGUUUUCACCAGGAGGUACUGUAAGAGUAUAAGAUUAUGUAUGAAGCCACUUUAUUGUCCUCCCCAAACAAAUCUUUGUCUCCUGUAAUUAUAAUCACAGUACAAAUGAUGGUAAAUCACAGUUCUUUUGGUACAAAGUUAAAUUUGUAAUUAUGAUGAGUGAUAUAAUGAUGUGUUUCUUAACCCAGCAAGUUAUUCUGAUACUCUAGCAGCCAUCUUUGAUAGAGUUGGAUUUGAAAACAAAUAUUUUUAUAUACCCUAUACAGGUAUAUAUACUGUACUGUACUGAACAUCACUGAGUUGGGGGAUAAGUAUGGUUAUAAAACUUAGAUUUGCGGUCAUUUAUAAAUACACUUUCUUAACAAUCAUUUCUGAAAAGAAAAUUACAUUUAUUAAAAUCGAAAAAAAUUUGCUUUCACAAGACUGGACACCGUACAUUUUAAUAGUUAUCUCCAGUCUGUAUUUUAGAAUGUGUUCUAAUUUAUAUUAUGAACUUUUUCUGUUACCUUUUCCCUUCGCCAUCGAUCCGCUCAUAAGCCGCUUGGGCAGUCGAUCACAUCUCUGUUAUGCACUGUUGACAAGUACUGGGCAUGUACUGGCUCCUAAAUGUAUCUGUACCUGCGCCAGUGUUGGUCAGUCUGGUCUUGAAAGAGCUCACACUUGGUGCCAUCUCAACACUGGCAGAUUGUUCCAAAAGUUCACAACUCUCACAAUGCAAAAAGUUUGCCUUCACAAUUUUCUGGGCUUGUAGCUUCAUCAGCCUUGUGCUGUGACCCCUGUCAUGUGUUGUGAUCAGACUAUUAUAUUUUACACCUGACCAUAGUUACUUUUUGUAGCUUAAAACAAUAUUCAUACUACCAGUACAGUACAGUAUAUGUUUUGAUAAAAAAUUCCGAUUUUACACUUGACCCUAGUAAUGUAGGAAUUAACAACUAGUAAUCCAGUCUCUUUCUCUUCCGCAAGGUUAGGCAAGAAUAGGAGAAAAGCUAAGCACAGCGCUGCAAUAAUGACUUACAGUAUAUUAUGAAAUGUACAAACAGGAGUUGGUUCAAUAAAGUCAGGACUUUAUUGGAGGGAGUCUUGUGGCUGCCAUGGGUAUCACAGAAACAGGUAAGAGAGGUGGUUACCUUGGUACUGUAGAAGAGUUGUGUCCCUGGAUGAGAGUGUAGUUGAGGAGGGAGAGUGAUUGAGAGUUGUCCUGGCCUGCCUUUAUGCGGAAGUCACUUAGACUUGUAGGAAUUGAACGGCCUUUCCAUUGGUCAAACAGGACCUCUAGGAAUACUGCGGUCACCUCAUUGGCUCAAAUGCUAGCAACUAGCAAAAUGUACUGGACCUGGACUCUGUCUGACUUGCAUGUACUUCACUUUUCAAACUUCAAAUAGUAUUUUUUCUGUGAUUUUGUGUUGAUGAAUUAAUAGAUUCAUUAUCAAACUAAAUUCUCACUAUCUUAGUAAAGUUGCAAUCAUAAAGGACUAUGAAAAUUGUGAUACUGUAUUAGGUUAGUACUUAGUUAUUUAGUUAUUAGAAACAAGCAGUCAUUUUUUUCAAAUAUUGUACAAGUAAUUCCCAGGCAGGUUAAAUUAAGUCUUCUAUAGUUUUGUAGCUGCAACCUCAAUGACUGAGUACAUCAGAGGAAGAGGUUACAUACUGUACUGUACCGUGAGUUACCACUGGUGACACAAGAGGUUAGAUAUUAUGAGCUCUACUGGUGAAAAAACAAUAACUGCUCUGAUGAAGUUGAAACCUGGGUGUUGGAUGUGUAUUAGUGCGUUGCUCAAGCUCAGUCAUCUUUUCAUUCAUCCAUUCACAACCAAACUUCUUUUGUUUUGCUAGUUAUCAAGUAUGGUUGCCAAUCAUUUUUAUUACAGCAACAGAUUCCCUAUUCUUCAUAAAUAUUCUUGUGGAAGUGCUGUGAGGGCUUCUUACUGCAUUUCUGCCGAGUGUGUUCAAAGAGGAUAAAAUAAAGUGAAAGUGUGCCAAAGGUUUACAUUGUUUAAAAGUGACGAAAAUAGUCUAGAGUAUUUUAAAUGCACCACCAUCCUCUUGAAUAAUAAUAACAGUACAGUGUGUGUAUAGUUAGACCUUGAUGAGUAUAUUUUGUAUGCACUGUACUGUAGUUAGAUGAUAAGAUGGGUAUAUUAUACUCUCUUUAGCUUUUAAUUAUUUUUUUUUUUUUGCUGCUACUAAAAUUUGCACAUUGAAUUCAGCCGUCCUGUGGUCGGUCACAGCUAAUUAUGAUAGGAAAUUAUUUCAGUUGUAAAUUAUCAUCUAAAAAAUCCGCUUUAUAUUUACUUUAGUUAUUCAGUUUCAUAUUUAAUAUGAUUGAAUACAUUAUCUAUAUGUAUGGAAAUAAAUUAAAGCCCAGUUUAUACUUGUGACCUAAGAGGUUACCUUUAUGUGGUAGGAAAUUUGGGGUCAGUUUUGAGGCCAUGUACUGUGUAUAUUGGUACUGGGAUACUUACAUUUGAGUGAGGUGUUAGCACAAAUGAAGGUGCAUAUACAGUACAUAGAAGAUAAUGAUGCUAGUCUCAAAAUACAAAGAGGUAAAUACUUAUCAAGAGUGACGAAUAACUGGUCAAUAGCUGUGUCAUUGCAGGCUGGUCAAAAAAUUCCUUAGUGAGUCAGUCAGGAUUGGUGUUCAUAGAAGUGGCUGACAUUGGUUAAAGGCAUAUAAUACUGUGAUAGUGUAAACCCCCAUCAGUGAUGAAAUAAUUGUAUGUUUGUAUGGUAAUGAUAUUUCUGUACUGUAGUCUUGUUAUUUUAUAGUAUUUACUGUAGUUAUAGCUUGGAAGGGCUUUGUGUGCUUUUCUCUGUACUGUAGUUUAAUACUCUUGAGUUAACGUUCCCGAAGUAAACUCUUGUUUGUUAACAGAAGGUGCAUUAUAAUGCUAUACUUUUGCUUUAAUCAUCUUCUUCGCUGAUUGGCUCAUUAGCCGCUUGGGCGAUCAGUCACGUCUCUGUUGCACACCGUUGGCAGUAUAACAGAGACGUGACCGGCUGACCAAGUGGCUAACGAGCCAAUCGGUGAAGAAGAUAAAAGUAAAAGCAUAGCAUAAUAAUGCACUUUCUGAAUGGGUAAAAUUUGACAGGACCAUUCAUGUACAUUUAUAUGAAUGCUGUUUUAUUAGAAGUGUAAAUAGAGGGAACUAUAGCAGUAAAUAUUAAUAUUUUACUAAUAAUAUUUUAACUGCUUCACCUCUUUAUUUUGUUUAAAGGUAUGUGAAGCUCCCUUAGUGUCACUAUAUCCUUAAGGACCAUACUUAUUGAGCUGUGUAUCACAGCAAGAUUAUGGUACUGGCACACAGAUUAUACUGUGGCAAUCUGCAACAUGUUGUUCUCUAACUUAUAAGCACAGGGUAAUUUGGUAAAUCUAGGAGUACAUUACAGUAUUUGUGACGUAAAAAUAUUUUACUAUUGAAA